GAAGUGACGUUAUUAGCUGUUAGCUUCCCCUCAUCAAUAGUUUCAGUCUCGGAGUCAAACUCCGGCUUUCCUUCCUCAUGGACUGGUGUAUUUCCUCUCUCCUCUGGUAUUUUAUUCCUCUCUGUUUUCUGGUCCACAUCGUGUGUUUUAUUUUUGGGGACGCUGACUUCACGCUCCUGAGGGCCAGUCUAACAGGACACAGACCAGAAACCAAGCUAAAAGGGCUGGUGGUCUGGGUCACUGGAGCCUCCAGUGGGAUUGGAGAAGAACUGGCCUAUCAGCUGGCGAGGUGCGGGUCACGUCUCAUCCUAUCUGCCCGCCGUGAAGACCAACUUAAACGAGUCAAACGUCAAUGUCUGGAGAAUUCCUCCCUGAAAGAUGAGGAGAUUCUUGUUCUUUCUCUUGACUUAUUGGACAGGAAGUCGCACAUGGAAAAAGCAAAAACUGCAAUUGAAUACUUCGGGCAUAUUGACGUCCUAAUUAACAAUGGGGGGCGGAGUCAGCGCUCUCUGUGCUUGGAGACCCGUGUUGAGGUGUAUCAGGCCUUAAUGGAGCUCAACUUCCUUGGCACGGUGUCUUUGACCAAGGAGGUGCUGCCCCAUAUGACCCAGAGAGGCAAAGGCAGUAUUGUGACCGUCAGCAGUGUGGUCGGCCUGGCUGGGGCACCCCUGGCAACGGGAUACUCUGCAAGCAAGCACGCUCUCCAGGGUUUCUUUAACUCCCUUAGAACUGAGUUGACAGACUUUCCAAAUAUUCUCAUCAGCAUGGUAUGUCCAGGGCCAGUGCAGUCACAGAUCGUCGACAAUGCCUUCACUGAAGAACUAAGCAAGCCCGUGGCCACAGUUGGCAGCCAGGAACACAAGAUGCCGACGAGUCGCUGUGUGCGUUUGAUGCUAGUGGGGAUUGCCAACGAUGUGAAGGAAAUGUGGAUCGCCCAGCAGCCCUUCCUCCUGUUUUACUACGCCUGGCAGUAUGCGCCAACUGUCGCCUGGGCCAUGACCAACUUGUUGGGAAGAAAAAGGGUGCAGAAUUUCAAAGCUGGUCUGGAUGCGGACUCUGCAUACUUCACUAAACCAAAGACCUCCUGAAAGACGCAUCCUGAAGGGGAAGGACUUCACUGCAUUCCUGACACUGGAUGUUUUCUACCUUCUACCAGAAAAGAUUUAAGGGUGAAGGAUAGCUCUUUUGAAAGCUCUGCGCUCCCUCCAUCCCAGAUGUAUUAAGUCUCUUUGAUGACAUUUUUCAACCUGGCCUGAAGACUACAUGCAAGAAUGAUGAUGCACUUGCACUGACCUUUCAAUGCAUAAUAAAAUUUUUGACGUAACUUUUUAAAACCCUCUAA